AUGGGCCUGGCAUGUGGCACAUCCAACCUUCCACAAACCGUGGAGACAAGCCAGAGAAGCGGCCCAUCAAAGUUGGACCGCGAAAGUGAUGAGAACGAUGACAACUGGAAAGCAUUGUUGACGGCAACGACUGGAACAGCUGGGCAAGUGGCUCCAACCGGUGCCGGCAGGCAAGCCCCGAGGUCAAGGGCAGCGCCGAAGGCGACAGCAGACCCCGCUGAACCUUUGCAGGCUUCCCAGAAUUCGCCACAGAGCUCACCCGAUUCACAAGAGGCCUAUGGGUUGUUGGAUGAGUACGUUGAUGACUUGCUUGGCAUUCCACCAAAAGACCGUCCAGUGUCAUGGAGCCGCCCAUCAUGGCAAGAAACAGCGCUUGCCUCAGGCAUGUCAGAAAUGCCCGAGAUGGUUCUUGAGGAUGGGUCAAGGGGUCCAGCACUGCCGUCCCUUCCACUGAGAGAGACACUACAGAGCGAGCCGGCAUCAAGUUCCAGGGAACCUGCACAACCUGUGCCGGCCACGCCAUACUUGGCAGGCGUAUUGAAUGGCUGGGCCGUGAUUGAUCGCAGUGCUGUGGACCCCAAAGUCGUCCGAGACAUUCCGGCACCAAAACGGCGUGCGGACAAGGCACCCAGGACAUCGGAUGAUUGA